AUCUUGAAUAACGCGAGAAAUAUCACGUGUCUCAAUGCAUUCGAUAGAGCAGCUAUCGUGAGAAUAUUCGCUUUUAUUUCUUCAAGCGGCAUGAGAAGUGUUUGCAGUCUAUAGUUUAUAAAUAUGAGUAGAAAACAGACUCCAAGUGAGUUUUUGAAACAAAUCAUAGGCAGACCUGUUGUAGUAAAGCUGAACUCAGGAGUAGAUUACAGAGGUGUCUUAGCUUGCUUAGAUGGAUACAUGAAUAUUGCUUUGGAACAAACAGAAGAAUAUGUGAAUGGACAGUUGAAAAAUAAAUAUGGAGAUGCCUUCAUUAGGGGAAAUAAUGUAUUAUACAUCAGUACACAGAAGAGAAGGAUAUGACCACCAUGUGAAUGGUUUUGGUGUAAAUGUGGACACUAUUUGUAUAUAAUAACUAUGUUAUUGUUAUGACAUAACUAAGUUUGUAUGUCAGUAAUUUCUGUGGUAUAUCAUCUUUUUUAAAAUCAUCGACAUUUAUGAUUCUGUCAUUGUGACCUGUAUGUACAAGCAUAUUAAUGUCAUUCAUUCAUUUAACAAAUUUUAUUAGAAGGAUCUGAGCUUCAUGCAUAAAGUAUGUGUUUGUAAAAUUUGUGAUCCUCUUCUUAUAAAAAAUGAAAAGAAUACAAUAAAAUAUGUACAUGAA